UGUCGGGAUUGUCCUCGUGGGUGUCCGCGGUCGGAGAUCGCCGCGCGUCUGUCACCUCUUUCCUUCGCCCUCCGGGCCCCGGCCGCGCGCAUCCGCCGGGUAGUCCGGGGUCUGUGCGGGGGCGGCGCCGCCUCUCCCUCGGGCCCCGCGGCGGGAAUGCGGCUGCUGAGGCCGGCCGGGCAGCGGGCGGCUGCAGCAAGCGGAACCCGGGCGCAUUCGCUGCUGGCCGGGACGCCGCCCUGGCCUGCGCUCGGCUCCCGAGGCCGCCGCUGCGCUCCGGGGCCCGGCGCGGAAUGAAGUGCAGGCCGCGCGCCGGCGAGCGCCCCGCUCCGCGGCCCCCAGGUUCCCCGCGGCCGGCCGUGCCUCGCGUGCCCCGGCGCCCACGUUAGAGCCCCGCACCAGCAGCGUUCGCCGAGGCACCGGCCCGCAGAGCGCACGCGACCCGACCCGGGUCCGGAUCGCGGGGACUCGCCUCUUGGACGCCGCCCCGAGUGCGGGAACCCCGGCACGCUGCAGCGCGCGGGCCGCGCUCCGCAUCGCAGAGCUCCUUCAGCCUGGUCCGGGGCUUUGGCCUCCACGGAUCCCGGUCUCCCGGCCUCCCUCCACGUUUCUCCGCAUCCUUCCUACACCCCUCCCGCGGCUCCACCGCCUCCCAUUCAUUGCAUCCGUUUCUCCUCCCCGGCUCGGUUCUUCUCCCCACAGCCUCCCCGGCCGGACCCCGCUACCCUCUUGGGGUUCUCCGUACAUUCAUGGAAGUUUAGGGCCUGGACCGUGGCCCGGAGUCUGGCCUGAGAGCGCAGCCCGCGCGGCUGGCAGGACAGAGGAAGAUGUCUGCGCUCAAGCGGAUGAUGCGGGUCUCCAAUCGCUCCCUGAUUGCUUUCAUCUUCUUCUUCUCCCUCUCCACGUCCUGUCUCUACUUCAUCUAUGUGGCUCCAGGCAUCGCCAACACAUACCUCUUUAUGGUACAAGCUAGAGGCAUCAUGCUGAGAGAGAAUGUGAAAACAAUUGGACACAUGAUCAGGCUGUACACCAAUAAAAAUACGACGUUCAACGGGACAGAUUAUCCUGAAGGCAAUAAUACAAGUGACUAUCUUGUUCAAACAACAACGUAUCUUCCACAAAACUUCACGUAUUCACCGCACCUCCCUUGUCCAGAGAAGCUGCCUUACAUGCGGGGAUUCCUCAGCGUCAACGUGAGUGAGAUCAGUUUCGAUGAAGUCCACCAGCUCUUCUCUAAGGACUCAGAGAUUGGGCCAGGGGGCCACUGGAGGCCCAAGGACUGCAAGCCCAGAUGGAAGGUGGCAGUCCUCAUCCCCUUCCGUAACCGCCAUGAACAUCUUCCGAUUUUUUUCCUGCACCUGAUCCCCAUGCUCCAGAAGCAGCGGCUGGAAUUUGCCUUUUAUGUCAUCGAGCAGACCGGCACACAACCGUUCAAUCGCGCGAUGCUCUUUAACGUGGGUUUCAAAGAGGCCAUGAAAGACAGAGCCUGGGACUGUGUGAUCUUCCAUGAUGUGGAUCACCUGCCUGAGAAUGAUCGGAACUAUUACGGAUGCGGAGAGAUGCCGCGGCACUUUGCGACAAAGCUGGACAAGUACAUGUACAUUCUUCCGUAUAAGGAGUUCUUUGGUGGGGUGAGUGGCCUGACAGUGGAGCAAUUCAGGAAGAUCAACGGCUUUCCCAAUGCCUUCUGGGGAUGGGGAGGAGAGGAUGAUGACCUUUGGAACAGAGUUCACUAUGCUGGAUACAAUGUAACCCGGCCAGAGGGGGACUUGGGAAAAUACAUAUCCAUUCCUCAUCACCAUCGAGGGGAAGUGCAGUUUUUAGGACGGUAUAAAUUACUUCGGUAUUCUAAGGAGCGCCAGUACAUCGAUGGAUUGAACAAUUUAAUAUACACACCCAAAAUACUGGUUGAUAGGCUGUAUACAAAUAUAUCUGUAAACCUCAUGCCAGAGCUAGCCCCAAUUGAAGACUAUUAAAAGAAGUCAUUCUCGUGGUGGGGUAGACCACAGUGCUGGAUCAUGAACUUGGCUUGGAGUGCCCUCGGCGUGGAACUUAGCGUGGAACUUAGUGACUGGUGUUUAUCUCAGUGUCCCGGUCUUAAAAGGAGCCAGCAGUCCUUAAUGUUUACAGCGUGGGCUGCAUCCGUCACCCCUCCCCCCCCACUCCUCCCUGCAGGGGGCAUCCCCACUGCAGGCAUGGAGAGAGAAGAACCCAAGGCUUGGGAUUGGAAAUGAAGAAAACUCCCUACACAGAGAAGAUUUUUAUACUGAAAUCUAUAAUUUAAUUCAAGAGAAUGCUUUUAUUUCCAUUCAGACAUAUUUUGUACAUAUGUGAUGUAAAUUAAAUGUGUUCAAAUCGUUGGAAAAUAAGAUGUCACAAUUUUGCAUGUAAUUGGUUAUGCCUUCAUUGGACUUUUUUAGACUUUUUUUAUUUGCAUGGGGGAAAAAUGUAAAUUUAUAUGGCCAAACAAAGGUUAAGCCUUGUGUGAAAUGAAGGGACUAUGGGCAACGGACAAAGAUAACAUAGUAACUGUUCUGUUGUAUUGGUGUUCAACUUUAGCCCUUCUGCCUCGUGGGAGGAGGUGUAGUCCUCUGAGGGCUUUGAAGGAAGGAAGGACUCGCAUAGCUUUUCUUCCCGCCAGGAUUACCUGUUUUGUUCUUUUUCCCUUGCUUGCAGUCUCAUCAGAUCUUGCCAAGUCAGCAGCCAUAUUGUUUAUGCAUACUGCAUGAGUAUUACCAAGAAAAUCUUCAACGUUGUAAAGUGACAUGCUGUACAGGACUUCUUCCCGUUAAAUGUCUCUCUGUAUCUCUGCCGUGUCAGGGAUCUUGUGCCUCAGAAAAAUGUGCCCAAGGUUGUGUUUAUACACGGUGUAUAUUUUCUUCAAUCUCAUAAUGAACAACAUUAUUAUUUCUACCUUAGAAGAACCAAAACAAGGUAUCUUCUUUUAAGAACUUUUUUGUUUUGAAAGAAUGAAUUUAUGGAAAAUCCAGUAGUGCUUAUACAGAUGAAUUAUACUAUUAGAUGAAAAAUUAGAUGCUCUAUUUUUAUGAAGAUAAAUGCUUAGAUCAAAACAAACUUCAACAUUAAUUCUCAGACAUACAUGGUUCCCUUUCACAGCCAGUCAUUCCAACUGUUUUUUUUUUUCACUUUCAAGAAAUCUCUGGUAUUAUUCAAUUUUUUUUCAUUACAAGUAUUCUUUAAUGCACCCCUACACAUACACCCCUUGGUGCUGGGAAUUGAACCUAGGGCCUAUAAACUUACCUUAAAAAUUAGUUAAUUGAGUUCUUGAAAAAUAGCCUAUAUUCUCAUGAAAGAUCUUAUUUCCCAUAUUUAAACAAAUUAAAAACAACAUCAUCUGUCAAGUGAACCCUAAGAGUGAGAGAAUUCUGGAUGUGAGGAAGUUUGCUCCGCCUGUCUAAUGUUGAGAGCUUAGCUUUCAGUUGUCAUUGUCUGUCAUAGUGUUGGUAAUGCUGAUGGCCACAAGUCAACCCUACAGUAAUAAUUUAAAUCCUUACACUGGAGAAGACAGAUACCCUAUCUGUCGUGACAGCAAUCUGUCCGUGUUUAUUCUUAAAAGUGCUUCUAAAAUAUUUACCUCCCAACUUUUUCGGCUACUCAGAAUAGUGGGGGAAAAAAUCACAACUUCUGGAAAUGAAGAUUUUUUUUGUAUGUUAUCAGUUCCUGUUCUGUCUCUUGUGGCUAAUGAAGUAUUUAAUUUGACAGAAUGACAGCAGACCGUAAUGGUAAUGUUAAGGUGGGUGAGUCAGGGCUGUAGAUGACUGAUGACCCUAGUGCUGGCCCCUCACAGUGCUAUAGAAAGUGGAACCAUGUAGGAUCUUAUUGGGGGGAACACGCUUACAAUGUCCACAGUGGCAUGCCUUUUGCAUUGAUACAGCGUUCACAGUUUUAGGAAAAUUCAGAACUGGUCAUCUGCCUUACUCUUAGGCUAAGUCUGGCAUUAAUAUGGCUUCAGGAAUUGGAUGUAAGUAUUUUUGCUGUAUCUUCGUUUGUGUUGAAUCUGGCACGUCAGUAUGUGAGAACCGCCUCUUCUAAUUCAGACCUGGAAUUCUUUUCAGUAAUGUAUAUGUUCCCAAGGAUGACAGUUUUGCCCAGUUACCAUGAUCACAUGACAAUAAAUCUCUUCUUGCAUAUUAGCACAAAGACAGUCUGUUAGAAUCAAAUCUAUUUGGUGGUUUUGCACUGGGUGUCGGUCUCCAUCUGCUGCCUUGCUGACUGUGGUAUUUAAAGGUAGGCUUUUGUUUUGUUUUGUUUUGUUUUGUUUUUUUCCUAAACAAGCCAAGUCAAAGUUGAAACUUAUCUGAAAUUAAGAACACCCUGUGGUAACUUAUCUGUUGUCUUAGUCUCAGGUCCAGUGUGUGGCCCCAGAUGCUGGGAGGUCCUGGCGUUGGGGAAAUGAUAUGGUGCCUUUGAACUAAAGAAUAAAGUCAUGGCUGAUGGGCUAUUUAUCAAAGAAAGGGAGAAAGUUCCCAUGUUCACUGUAACAUUCUAUCUGAUGUUCAGUGAAGUUGUCAUUUAACUAUUUGCCAAAACUAGGGUUUUAAUGAGGUGGCUUCCCCAGCCCCCUUUUGUAUUUAUUAUUUUCUGUUGUAGACCCUUGAGAUGGCUCACGGUGUAAAGGUGCCUGCACUGAGCCUAGAAACCGACAUUUGAUUCCUAGGACCUUUGCUGUAGAUAGAGAGACCUGCCCUUGCACAGGAUUCUCAAGACCUACAUAUGUGUGAGCACACACACACACACACACACGUACGUACGUACGUACGUACGUACGCACUCACAGGAGCACACUCGUGCACUUGCUCACACAAAACACAAAGCAAAUGAAAAUAUAAUUAAAAGUUAAAUUUCUGUUUGUGUUUUAUAGAAAGGUGUUCAAUCAGAAAAUAUUUAUGAGAUUAAGUACAAAAUUAUCUAUUGAAAAUUCCUAUUCCAGACAGUCGAUGGUUGUGUAUGUCUUUAAUCCCAGAUCUCCAGAAGCUGAGGCAAGUUCUCUGAGUUCGAGGCCAGCCUGGUCUACAGGAUGAGUUCCAAGACAGCUGGGGCUAUACAAAGAAACCCUGGUUAAAAAAAAAAAAAAAAAACCAAAA